AUGUCGGCGGCCAAGCGGCUUGUCGUCUGCGGUGGCAGCGGCUUCCUAGGCUCGCGCAUUUGCAAGUACGCCGUCGCGCGCGGCUGGGACGUCACCUCGGUCAGCCGAUCCGGGGAACCAAAAUGGGACGCCGUCACGGCCUCGCCCGACACGCCCUCCUGGGCGCACAAGGUCUCCUGGGAGCGCGCCGACAUUCUCCGGCCAGCCACGUACGCGCCGCUUCUCCGGGGCGCCGACGCUGUCGUCCACAGCAUGGGAAUACUCCUCGAGGCCGACUACAAGGGCGUCGUUUCCGGCAAGGAAUCGCCCGUCGCGGCCUUGCAGCGCAUGUUCUCGCCGACGAGCGACCGGAGCGCGAACCCGCUGGAGAAGAGGUCGGGCGAGGACAUUAAGCCGCGCGACGUCAAGGAUCAGUUCUCGUACGAGGUCAUGAACCGCGACAGCGCCGUCUCCUUGGCCAAGCACGCGGCCGAGGCGAGCGUCGCCUCCUUCUGCUACAUAUCCGCCUGCGGUGGCGCCCCGGUCAUGCCGCCACGCUACAUCUCGACGAAACGGCAGGCCGAGGUGACCAUCGCCACGAGCUUCCACGACAUGCGCAGCCUCUUCAUACGAGCGCCCUUCAUGUACGACGGUUCGCGCAAGUUCACCAUGGGCUUGGCCGCAAUGGCCGGCGCGGGCGCCAUCUUCAACAACCUGACGGCCCACUACCUCGACGGCUUCCUCGGCGCCGCCGGCGCGAAGCCCCUCCGGGUGGACGUCGUGGCCGAAGCCGUGGUGGAGGCGCUCGAGGACGAAUCCGUCCGGGGUCCCGUCGAAAUUCCCGAGAUUGAAGAUCUCGCGACCAAGGCGUGGAGGAAAACGAUGCUGUAG